CUCUCUCUCUCUCUCUCUCUCUCUCUCACCACCUGUUGCAGCCAAUUUCUUCCUCCACGAGCAGAUUCCGCUUCCACGUGUUGCGGUUUCUUCAGCUGCGCGCCUGUGUAUCAGACUGGCAGGUGGUUUCUGCUAAUUGGAGACCACCAGAGAGUGGACUCUACGACGGUUCGCGGUGGUCAGUCACCACUGUGCAGCCAUUUCCAGAGCUCAUUACGACCUCAGCAGCCUUUCUGUCACCAAAGAAAUCCAGCUUCAGUGAGUCAUUUGGGUCCAUACACACACACCGAAUGUCAACUUGAAGGAAGAGCACAAUCUUGGAAUCUCUCCCAUAUUCUCACUCUUUUGGAGCUAUGUAAUUUUUACUUGAAGUGGCCAUUCUCGUCUCUGUCGCUUGCAUUCUGAAUGGCAAAAGCUUUAUCUUGGAGCAUUCAAAAAGCUUAUUCGCUUUUCAAAUCCUCCUCUCCAAAUAUUACUGUCAGAAAUAUUACUGUCAGGUCAUUCUGGCAAAGUCAAGUAUUGGUUAUCUCCCAAUCCAAGCACUUACCUCCACUUAACCCGACAAACCCAUCAUGGCUUUUUAGAAGCUUGAGUCAUGGUUCAGUAAACUUGGUGAUAUCAGAAGGCAAACCUAAGUUUGAAAUACAUAAAGUUGACCCUCCCAAGAAGGAGAAAUGGAAAACCAAGAAGAGGUUGAAAUUGCAGAGGAAAAGAGAGAAGGAGAAAAGGAAAGCUGCCAAUAGGAGGGACCCACGUUGCCUCACUGUCAGGGGAAAGAAGAAGCAAAAAUUUGCAAAUGCAGAGGAGAGAAUCAAGUACAAGCUUGAGAAGGCCAAAAUCAAGGAAGCAUUGCUGAUUGAAAGACUUAAGCGGUAUGAAGUCCCUAAGGUUCAGGGUCCAAUUGUUAAACCACAUGAGCUAACUGCUGAGGAACGAUUCUACAUGAAAAAGAUGGCUCAGAAGAGAUCUAAUUAUGUACCAGUUGGCCGAAGAGGUAUAUUUGGUGGUGUCAUUCUUAACAUGCACAUGCAUUGGAAGAAGCAUGAAACUGUUAAGGUCAUUUGCAAAGGUUGUAAGCCUGGCCAAGUGAAUGAGUUUGCCCAGGAGCUUGCUAGAUUGAGUGGCGGGACCCCAAUUCAUAUAAUAGGAGGCGACACCAUCAUAUUUUAUCGUGGGAAAGACUAUGUGCAACCUGAAAUUAUGUCACCCAUAGAUACAUUAUCCAAGAAAAAGGCACUUGAAAAAUCCAAAUACGAGCAAUCACUUGAAUCUGUGAGGCGCUUUAUUGCCAUUGCAGAGAAGGAAUUGGAGCUCUAUUACAGGCACAGUGCACUAUAUGGUGAUCCAAAUGAUAGGAACCCGCUUUCAAUCUUGGACACCCCAGGAAAGGACUCCCAAGAAUCUGGCAAACCUGAAAUGCCCAAAAGGCAUUUCCAUGAUUUGACAUGUCAAAGCUUUUCUCCGAGUAUUGCAGACACGGAAGCCGGUCUCGAUUACGAAGAAGCAUCAGAAUUUGAUUGUGAUUUUGAAGAUGAAGACAUACCCACAAGUGAAUCAGAUUCUCAAAUUUCCGUAGACGACUUUGAUGAUGAAGAAAGCACUUCUGGUACGCAAAAGAGUUCCUCCACAAUUUUAAGUUCUCAAUCAUUGGUUUAAAGUAGAUUCCAUUCCCAUCCCCAACAUUUUUUAACAGAAUGAUGUACAAAAAGUAAGAAGUGGAAUAGAUCAGAAAUGCAUAUCUAUGAUAUUUAGUGUAUUCAUGUUCAUAUUCCCUUAGCUUUUUUUUUUUUUUUUGGUUGGAGGAUCAAAAUAAACAUUCAUCUGAACAGAAAUCAAGCUGUACUUAAUUAUUCUCUUGUAAAUGGUUCUGCCUUUUAGAUUAGGUCUAGGGUUUAGUGAGAAAAUAUUUUUUAAGAAAAAAAAAAAAACAGUGAGGAUAAUGCUUCAAGCACUUCUGUCUUAUUCUAAGACUGUUGGAAGGGUGCUUCAAGCACAGCCAAAAAAAUAUGAAGGAUCCACGUAGCAGAUACUACUAUUUGAUUUGAUACCAUUUCAUGUUGAUAAUGGUGAUGCACUAAUUUUAUGCCCCAA